AUGGGCGACGCGGUGCCGAUGACCAGAAUCAGCGAUUGCCACGAGAAGGGCAAGGCGAAAUUCAUCGUGGCCUUCAGCGCGCGCCUGAACAUGGCGGCGGUGCUGGAGGCACUGAUUCAGGCGGGAGCGGAGCACCAGCAGGGGAUGGCGCCGAUGUCACACGUGGAGCGAGUCGUGUACACUCAGCUGCAGGAGUUAGACGGCCUCAUGAAGUACGUACUAAGCGAGCCUCCAGCGGAAAAGGGAAGAAGGAUGGAGCUAGCAGUGAGACGGCAAGCGUCCUUCGAGCGCUGGUCCCAGAGGCAGCCGUACAUGUCCCGGCAGCUGUACUCCUGGGACCCCAUAGAGCUGGACCAACGGUACAGCGGCACCACCUGCGUGUCCGUGCUGGUGGACCAAGUCCAGCGAUUGCUGCACGUCGCCAACGUCGGCGACUCGAGGGCGGUGCUCGGGCGGGAGAUUCCUGACGCGAAGACGCCUCGGUUUCAGGCGAUCGCGUUGACGCAGGACCAGAAGCCAGAUGACGAAGAGGAGCUCGACAGAAUACGCAUGUCUGGAGGACACGUUCAGAGGGCCCUCGACGAGGAGGGCAACGAAGUGGGCCCAGCUCGGGUCUGGGACGGACCGAAUUGCAUGAAGCCAGGGCUCGGGAUGAGCCGCACCCUUGGUGACGGCUGCGCUCGGGAGUGCGGCGUCAUCGCAGACCCUGUGGUGGCAGCCAGCGACUCGCACGCGUCAGGAUCGCUUCAUCUUGAUCGCCACAGACGGCCUGUGGGAUUCAGUUCCGAACGAGGAGGCUAUCCGCAUCUGCUCGAAGUUUCUCCAUUUGCCUGACGUCGCCCUGAAAGCUCUCGUUAAGGCCGUGCGAGAAGAGGAGGGCGGCCAGCUCACCGACGACACCACCAUCGUCCUCGUGGUCUUCAAGGACGCGGGCUCCUAGAGAGAGCCCCCCUCGGCGGCCUGCGGCCGAAAGCGGCCCCGCGGCCGAGGGGCCGCGCGCUCGUCCACGAAGCUCGUGCGGGCCGCCCACCAGGGCCGGGCGACGGCCCGCCAUGGGCCCGCCCCGCGGGCCCUCCCCGAACGUUGGGCCUACUGUAGGUGCCUUGCGCAGCCACCGUCCCGCCCAGCAGCUGCAAGGGGAACACUGGCGCCGCGAGAGGCAGUCGUCAAGACGCCCUUCGUCUAUCCUCUGAGUCUGCGGAGGCUUCGAGGACCCCCUCUGCAGCCGCAGAGGGCUCGACGGUCGAUGUUUCUGAAAUGGCCAUUCACGAUCGCGCUGCCAAACCAUAGCAAGGGCAGCGGGAGGCCUUCCCAACGAGGGCACGGGAAGCCUUUUGCAACGGGGGCUGUGCGGCCUUCAUAACCCGAGGGGCACCCUGUCGCCAUCCCUACCGACUGGUGGAAGACAGGACGGGUGCCCCCAGGAGUUUUUGCCGAGGCGCCCUGGGCUCUCCUGCCAGUGGUUUCGGCAAGGGCAGCAAUCGGUCGGGCAGUGUAUCCAGCAGGUUUUUGAACUGGCAGCUUCAGAGCUGGCCUAGCUCCUCGAGGGCCGGAAGACAUUUCAAAGUCUCCCUUGCGCGCAGUUCUCACCCUCACGCUUUGCCACAGGCAUCGUCACUGAUACAACAACAGUCGGUGAACAUGAGACUAAGUCGUCUACUUCUGUUCUUGGCAGCCUGAGUGCGCGCGGAAGCACAUGACUAAUUUAAAUCUUUCGGCGCCGAGACAUGGCUUCAGAGACUGAAUUGGAUUUCUCCAGCCGGUCUAUUCGAUUGUGAGUCUUGCUGUUUGUCUUUGUGCGCGUUGUGAGUUUCAAGUAUGUGUCCAGCUCUCCUGUCACAUGGCGCAAGCGCUGGACAGGAUCCCUCGCGGCCAUGCCAUAGGGCAGAUAAGGCGGCGGCAAGUGUUUCAAAUUUCGGUAUGAACAUGCUGCACAAAGUCCGUGGGACGAAUAUUCCAAGCCAGAGUAGAACUUGGAUCUGUCGCACUGUUGUUUGAAAAAGUAUCAUCACUUUCUCGCUGGAGCUGGCAGAGCGGCGAGUCGAUGGAGGGGGCUGG